AUGACGGAUUCGGAACGAGAUGAUCGUGUCUAUCUCCUGACGCUUGUGGGGCUUAACCUCAUGUGCGACUGUCUUUACUGGCUCGUCGGAACGAUCAAUAGAGAUGGUGGCGACAUUAUCCGUCUCAGCACAGCUGUGCGAGGUGUUGAAAGCACAGGGCAGGCGAUCUUGUAUGGCAUUAACUCUAUGAACUCUUCCGCCCUGUCUGGUGCAGUCACAGUCAAGCUGUCGUUAUUUGCUGCAUGUAUUAAUCUCUCGGCAUUUGUAUUUGUGAUCUAUAAAGUCGGAAUCGUCGAUGGUGUGAAAAUUCAUGAUAUUUUGCAAGAUCAGGCUGUGGGAGAUGCGGAGGACCCUGGAAUCAAGAAAGAUGACGAUUAA